UGCAUUACAAAAAUGCGCGUAUUCAUAAAUGUUCACCGCAAAAAGCUUCUCCUCCACAAGCAACCAUACAUCUAGAGCGUCUUUCCCCCAUUUCCAUCACUACCGAAAUAAAGCACGUCCAUCGUCUGAGCUACUUCCCCCUCUUUUGAACUAGCAACGGAUCAAGCGUCCUCCGGUUAACGAGCCUCACUGAUUCCGAAAAGUUUCUUUCCCCAUUGUUAUUUUAAGUUAAUUUCAGCAGACGAAAGUCUGAAACUCGAAAAAUAAAAUAAAUCUAUUAAUUAAAUUGAGCUAAAGCGUAAUAUUUGAAUUAUCUCUCUAGAAACAAACUCAAUUAUUCUCGCAUUAACUAGUGUCAAAGAAGGAAAACCGGCGUUCCUUGUCAGUGAUUGUAAAAUGAUGUCGGCUUCUAUUGGACAAAUUGGACCUCCUAUGCAUCCUGGAAUGCCACCACAACAACAGCCUCCGCCACCUCCUCAGCCAAGUCAUGUACAGCAACAAAUUGAACUCAAAUAUGAUAAUGUUAGUAAAGUAAAAACUCUGAUUUGGUCUCUGAAAAAUUCUUUUGCGAAUGUUAUGAAAGUUGCCGGUGCCAGAGUAAAUCAUAUGGCUGCUGGAAAAACUAUUGAAGAAGCUCCUCCUAGAUUUGAUAAAACCCUUGAUGACUUCUUCUCCAUUUGCAAUCAAAUUGAAUUGCAUUUAAAAGCUAUUCAGGAAUGUACAUUACAGCACAAAGACAGUAUCCAGUAUUUACCUUUGCAUGUGACAUUAGGUAAGCAGGAUGCAUCCAGUGGGCCUUCUCAAGAUGUGAAUUUAUCCUAUACACAGUAUGUCAGUACUGUGAAAGCUCAGGUCAAUUUUACAAAAUCUGUUCAAGAAAUACUAUCUGAAGGUGUUCGAAAUGUUACAAAAUCAGAAAGCAAUUAAUCUGUCUUUACUGCAUUAUUUCAGUAAAAUGUACAGAUGGAACAUUGGAAUGUAGUUUGUUUAUUUAAGCUAUGUACAACUGAUGUGUUUGUGAAAUAAAUUAUUAAAAUUCUUUUUCA